AUGACUUCUCCGGUACUCAGCGCGAGGUCCUCGUUUGACAGUCUCCACAGCAGCUCCUCGUCCAAUUUCAGUUCUCCUGAUCAACUUCCACCGGCAGUAACGGGGCCCAUGGUAUGGCAAGGUGAUGGACUCCAACCAGCUGAGUACGUAGUCAAACUUACCGACUGCGAUAUUCGGAAUGUGAGGGCGGCCAUCAUCAAGUUCAAGCUCACUGGUCUUCCGCGGACAAAGAUAGAUCAGAAAACCUUUGAUCUCGGCAGCCCCAAAUUGGCUAGUAAGCUCUCAUCAAUCAGCAAAGAGCUUCACCACGGCACCAACGUGGUCGUACUCCGGGGUCUUGAUAGUGCUUACCUCAAUGACGAAGAGGCCGUAAUUGCUUUUGCGGGCAUAUGCUCCUACGUCUGCCCAGAAAGAGCAACAGACGCCUAUGCGAAUCAAACGCUGAGUCACGUUCUCGACGCCACCAGGAAGAGAGUUCCAGACGACUGCAAAAACCUCGGUCUCGCUGGGUCCAAAAUCACUGCAGCGAUGGAUUUCCACAGUGAUCGCUUCUCCGGCGACGUUAUUGCUCUGUACGUGCGCAACGACGGCGGACCAGACGCUGGUGGCGAGCAGUUCGUUGCGAGCUUUCCAAGAAUCUAUAACGAGCUUCUUGAAAAGGACCCAGAAGUGCUCGAGACGAUGGCCGAGCCAAACUGGCCCUUCGAGCUAAAGCAAAAGGAUGGGGCGCCUUACCUAGAAUUAGGACCUACCCUCUUCUUCUCCAAGGGAAAACCCAUGUGCCAGCUAGUCAAGGCCCCACUACUUGGUACUGAUAGCAUCCCGCGUGACCCUAGCAUGCCCAGGGUCACUCGGAAGCAGCUGCACGCAAUGCACGCCGUUGAAGAGCUAGCCAAGCGCUUCUGCACGAAGGUUGACCGGGAACAAGGCGACAUCCAGUUUCUCCAUAACCUGUCCGUCAUGCACGCCCGUGCAGAAUACCGCGGUGUUGAUGGCAAAGCUAGUACCCGGCACCUAUUGCGCCUGUUCCUCCGCGACUCCACAAAUGCUUGGGAGAAGCCGGCUAGCUGCCGCAACAACUUUGACGACCCGUUCACUCCCGGCAGACCUCAGAGUCUCCCUGUUUUUGACACCGACCCAUGGCGCAACAUCAGCGGACGCGAGAGCCACGGCUAG